ACCCUCCCGCUGUGGUGUGGUGUGUAUCGGGCCCGCCCGCUCUUCUCCGUCCCAGGCGCGCUCCCGGUGCUCGGUGCGGUGUGUGCGAGCUGUGAGUGUGAGGUGCCUCUUCUUCUCCCCGCCUCCCUCCUCACGUGUCCCGGCGGCGGUACAGGAGAGGCAGGGAAGGGAUCUCCUCACAUGACCCGUGUGUUUGUCCCCGUGAUCAGAUCCGCCGGGCCUCCCGCCUCCUCCUCCCCCCCUUCUCCUCCUCCCCGGGCCCCCCCUCCCCCACACACCGCCCGGGGGGUCCCCCCCAACACCACCACCGCCGACACAUGGACAUGCUGGACCAGAGCCUCGACUCCGCCACCGUCAGGGUGACUGGUCUUAUCUCCGCCCCCUCCUGUAGCUUUCUGCAGGCAGCUGGUAGUGGGUGGACCCUGCUUGACCCCUCCCACAGCUCAGCUCUCUGCACAGACUCUGGUGAUGUCACUGCUAUAAGUCAUGAUAAACAGGACGCAGAAGAAGUUGUAGAGUUACAUGAAGGUGAUGAGACGAGUGCUGAUGAGCAUACCGCGGUGGCCAUUGCUACUGUCCAGCAAGCAGCCUUUGCAGACCACAACAUUCAGUAUCAGUUCCGCACAGAAAACAAUGGAGGUCAGGUGACAUACAGAGUAGUCCAGGUGACAGAUGGUCAGCUGGAUGGUCAGGGUGAUGCAACUGGAGCAGUGAGUGUGGUUUCUACUGCAGCCUUUGCUGGCGCCCAACAAGCUGUAGCACAGGCCGUCAUCCAGAACCCUUUCAGCAAUGGCGGAAGUCCUUCAACAGAUGCAGUCAGCGGGGAGACGCGGUUUGCGUACUUCCCGGCUUCCAACGUGGGUGAGACCACUGCAGUAUCUGUACAGACAACUGACCAACAACUGGGCCAGGCUGGAGGGCAAUUUUACGUCAUGAUGACUCCUCAAGAUGUGAUUCCCGCUGGAACACAAAGGACUAUAGCGCCGCGCACUCAUCCCUACUCUCCGACAGAAAGUUGUAGUUCCUGGAACAAUGAUGUGAAAAUGGAUGGAAACAGAACUCCACGUGAUGAGCGGCGACGAGCGCAACACAAUGAAGUGGAGAGAAGGCGAAGAGACAAGAUUAACAAUUGGAUCGUCCAGCUGUCCAAAAUCAUUCCAGAUUGCAACACAGAGACCAGCAAAACGGGAGCACAAAGUAAAGGCGGGAUUCUCUCCAAAGCCUGUGACUACAUCCGUGACCUGCGCCAGACUGGCCAGCGUAUGCAGGAAACGUAUAAGGAAGUGGAGAGGCUGCAGAUGGACAAUGAGGUGUUACGUCAGCAGAUUGAAGAGCAGAAGAAUGAAAACACACUUCUGAGGGCACAGCUGCAGCAGCACAGCAUUGAGAUCGUGGAAGAGACUCCGAGGUCGUAAGAUCCGUCACCGAGCCACAUAGUGGGGAUUUUUUUUUUUUUUUUUUUUAGGGAUUAAAAUUGCCACGGAGAAACUUGUACAUUAGCACCCCCUCCUCCUCCUCCUCCUUUUACUGUUGCCACCACCCCUCCGCCUCUUGCCCAGCCUCCCGCUCCCUUUAAAUGUAUCGUGUCAAAGAUCUUUUUGUCGAUCCUCAAGAAGGACAUCUGGGAAUGAGAAACGUGGAGGGGGUGGUGUGAGGGACAAACGUUGGCUCUUCCUUUGCUGGAGGCAGAAACCCUCCACUUCCUGGACUAACGAACUCGAGCACCUCGAAGGACGGCCAGGCCUCUUUUACUGCCAGCGGGACCUGAAUGUGACUCUUUAUUAUUUGGAGGAAUUUUGGAAUUAGAGGGUUAAGAAACGCAUUGCUCCUUCUUCUUUUUUUCCUUUUAUAAAUAUAUAAAUACAAACCUACCUUUAGACUUUUAGCAAUGAAAACUUAGGUAAAGUAACUUCCUUUCACCCCUUGACCCCUCAUCCCUUUUUUUUGCUUUCUUUUAAUGAAAAAAAAAAAAAAAUACAAAAAAACAGCAGUUGUGACUGUCUAGCAUGUGUGGAAGGAUGAAAGAAUCACGUGUAGUUUUAGAAUACAUUUUGUGGGAAUGACAUAUUAUCGUAAGCAAAGAGCGCAUCUGCUGCUAGAGGCACAAGUUAUUUGCCUGCGAGCUUUGGAGUUUCAUUAUAUUAUUUUUAUUUUAUUUUUUUUUAAGUUAUGUUUAACGUCGACAACUAAAAAAACCUGAUCAAUACCCAACUCAACCUUCUUCUUGCAGCAACCUAAACUGCCACAAGGUGGCGACAGAGAGCUAUGCAUCAAGCAGGUCACGAAAAGCCUAUGAUGAAUCAAUAUUAGUCUUUUUUUUUUUUUUUGCUUUCCAAGUCCUGUAAGGAUAUUCGCUAUAAAAGCAAUAUUUAAUCGGAAUACCAUCAGGUGUAUCUAUGCACUUUAUUCAUCUCUCUCAGCAGCUUCAUUGCAUUAAACAGUCAAUUGCCAUCUGUGAA